CGCACACACACAGACACACAAUACCACCGACAGAUCCGCGUCAAGAGCCCGGCCGAGGAGAGCACACUGGAGCGCAUUAAAGCUUCUUCUGUGAGAGGAAACGAGAGGAAAACGCAGGGAAAAAAGAAACAGAGGAAAUCCCCCGAAAGGAAAUGCCAAUCGCAGCCGCUGGACAGCCGACGACCCGGGAGCCCAGAGUUUGCCCCCGGCUGCCCUCCACCCCGGAGCCCGUCCCUAAAGGGGCUGAUUUAUUCGACGAGGCGGGGGCGGCGGAGUCGGCGGAGCGAACAGAGUACGGGGGCUCGGAGGGGGGCAGAGGACUCGGGGGCUAUAGUUACACCCAGGGCGGCGCUAGGGGCUUUGCACAGCCGGGAUCCACCAGCUCUCCGCCGCAGUCCCCAGCCGCGUCCUCCUCCUUCCUCCUCCACCCGCUCCACCCGCACCAAAUGGCAAUGGAGCCCCCAAGGACUCGUUCGCGUUCUCGCUCUGGAUAUUACCAGCAGUACGGUGGUGGUGGUGGUAAUGGCACUGGAUUUACCGGCAGUGGAGUCAUGGGAUCUAACCAUCACCAGCUUCACCAUCAGCAGCAGCAUCUAUAUCCACAGCAGCAGCAGCAGCAGCAGCAGCAGCAGCACGGUGCCGGCUGCGCACCACUUGGAGCUCACAGCCACCACCCGGAGCACCAGCAGCGAUCCCCAGGAAGUAACACCUCUCCCGGCAUCCAGAGGCUUUCUUCCGUUCCCGGAGCCCACCGCAUCCCGGCAGCAGGGGCCUCUGGUGGAUCCUACCACUGCUACCCAGACCACGCAUAUGGAGAGGAGAGUGAUAAGAGUGAGGAAAGCCCCAGUCCGAAGCGCCAGAGGCUGUCCAGCCAGUCUGUUUUGGAACAACUCACCUCAUCCGCUCCCCCACCUUCCACGCCGUCUCCCCCCAUCCGCCCCUGGGAGUCAGGGCCCGCAAGCCGGAGACAACCUCACCCCCACCUCCAGUACCACCAGGAGCGAUGCCUCACUCCUGCUCGGCACAGACGCAGCCCACCAGCGAGGCGUCAGCGUGGCCGUCUAUCCAGACCACCACGUCAUUUGCCCCCCCAUCUGCACCCCUCCACCCAAGGCCCCGCACCUCGCCUGUCGCCAUCCGAGCACCAGGAUGAAAAUUUCCACCACAACCCCCAUCCCUCCACACACCAGACAUACCCAACACACCCGCCCAGCGCCUAUGGUCAGCCCCUGACAGCUGGUGUUGGCGGGCCGGGGUCGGACGAGCCCCGGGCUUUCCACCCCCCUACCCUGUCGCCACGUCUACUGCAUCCAGCUGCUCACCACCACCACCACCUCCAUCAUCAGCAUCAGCAUCAUGCAGCACACCAGCAGCAAGGAGCCAUGGUCCUAGACCUGCAUGAACAGCUGCAGCAGGCCAGUGUACCAGUGUCGUACACGGUGACCCCAGUCCCUCCUCAUGGUCUCUCUGCACCUUUGUGUAGUGGUCAGCACCUUCCCCCUUCCUGUUCUUCACAACAGCAAGUCCCUGCUUGCAGCGUGGUCUUCAGCACUGGACAACACUUCCACCCGAUGCUACAGGCAUGUUCAAUGCAACAUUUGCCGGUGCCCUAUGCCUUUCCGUCACUGCUGACCAGUGACCCUCAGUUCCUGCUCCCUCCUCCACCUCACCUCUCUCACCACGCGCCUCACCUCCCCACACCCGCACAGUUCCUGCCUUUCCAGACGCAACAGCCUCGAUCGCCGUUACAGACGAUCGAAAACGAGGUUGAGCUUCUGGGAGAGCAGCUUUCAGUGGGUGGAGGAUUCAGCUACGCCCACCACCACCACCAUCACCACCAGCCUCCCUCCACCUUGCCGCCCUCCACCCCACUCCAGUUCCUCUCACACCAUGACCCCCUGUCACAGGAGCUCUUCACAGUGCCCUAUCCUCACUUCAUGCCUCGCCGAUUUACAAACCGGCGCUACCGCUCCCAGCAGGCAGUCCCCCCGUCACCCUACCACCCCAGCUUCCUGCCUUACUUCCUGUCCAUGCUUCCUGUGCCCCCAAAUGUGGCCCCCACUAUCAGUCUAGAGCUGGAUGUGGAGGACGGAGAGGUGGAGAACUAUGAGGCCCUGUUGAACCUCGCAGAGCGUCUCGGAGAGGCCAAGCCCCGUGGUCUAACUAAAGCCGAUAUAGAACAGCUUCCAUCAUACAGGUUCAACCCCAACAACCAUCAGUCUGAGCAAACACUGUGUGUGGUGUGUAUGAGUGACUUCGAGUCUCGUCAGCUCCUCAGGGUUCUGCCCUGUAAUCACGAGUUCCAUGCCAAAUGUGUAGACAAGUGGCUGAAGGCCAACCGGACCUGCCCUAUCUGUCGAGCCGAUGCCUCAGAGGUCCAGCGGGACUCUGAGUGACCUCGUCUGCACCAACACCUACAGUCUCCUGCUCCCUUCAACUCCCAUUUGGAUGCACCAACGUCUCUCCUUUAAUAAUACAGUAUACAAUUCACACACUCUGCCACAGAACUGGGACCAAUGCUCCUUAAUGCUUCACUCUUUGUCAUCGAAGACACCAAACUGUCAUUCUCACAUGGGAUCAGCAUUUAUGGGUGUGGAAACUUUCUACUGACUCGUGCUAACUUGAUUGCUGGACUUCCUAUAGGCCUUCUGUUCUGGACUACUACUCUGCCUUCUACUCACAGCUCCUCCUUUCUAUGAAUGGCCUUUACAACACACAUGACAUGUGCAGGUGGAGAUAUAAAUGUGUAUUUUUUCAACCAUUCCUCUACAGAGAGGGACAGACAGACAGACAGACAGACUGCUUUGAAAAAUGUCUGUAUAGUUGUACUAACAAACACUGAGGGAGAAUUGGCAGCCCAAAGAAUUUUUUUAAUUUCAUUGUUAUUAUUGUGGCUAUAAUUAAGCAUUCACAUCUUGCUUUGCGGAGUCAUUUUUACUAGAUUUUUUCCCCCUUUCUACUAGACCUUAUUUUCAUUUGCGUGUAUUCAUGCAUUCCUUUUGUUAUGAGAGCUGUGUGUAUGGGGUAAAACAAAAGAUACUGUACACUGCGUCAAAGGGUCAGCGUCUUUGGGGCAGUGAGAAUAUACUGUAUGAGAAUAGUGUGUGUGUGUGUGUGUUACUCUUCUGUGGUAUUUAUACAGUUCCAGUUGGUACAGUCCAUGGACUGAAACCUAAAUCCAGUUUUUUUUCUCCACUCUACUUCGGAUUGAUUUAACUUCAGACGUUUUAAAGUUGAGGUUUUGCUCAAAUGUCAUUAAGUUUAAGUACACAAACUUCUCCAGAGAAGUCGACAAUGCUGUGACAUGACUCUUGAUGUUUCAGUCACACGUUAACUAACUGUACCACCACGUCUCCAUCGCAUCAUACCUGCCCAUCUACACUGUUCCUGUGUGAAAUGAGUAUUUUGGAGGAGGCUUUUUAGAUACAUUUUUUUGUGAUGCAGUAUUUCCUUCCGAUAUGAGACAAAUCAGGACUAUUCAUCUGCCUCCACAUAUCCACUAAGCUCUCCUCCAAGUGAAUAGUUAGAUAUUACAGAGCUGACUAGGUGGAUUCAUUCAUGGAAUCGGGCAGUUGAAGAUAUGGCGCCUGUACUUGUCUCGGUACCAAACCAGCAUUCUUUGUGUGUUGGCAGAUACAGAUGCAGUGUUUUUUCCAUCACUUACAGUUUUAAAGAGACUUUAAAUCUACUUUGUUUCACCGGACAGCAAAUCUGACACUUCAGCACUUUAAUACGUAGAUCUAAGACCAACACUCUAUUUCUUUUCAUUCUCAGCAAACCACUUUUCACAGUUUGUGUAUUUGUGCAAAAUUUCAAAGCAUUAAAACAUAAAUCAUCAUGUCAGCUUCUACAGUAUGUUAACGUUAAUCCUUCUGUGUUCUCACUGCACAUUUGUACAUGUCCAGAAGUUUUCCUUUCAAAAUCCGUGUAAGGCCUGUGUCAGCAUGUCAUAAUGUAACUCCAGGAUGUUCACCUCGCGCACAGAGCAGACUUAUGUAAUUUAUCACUAUUUAUCACAAGUGGUAUUUUGUGCCAUGAUGACAAGCUAACAUGGGCCUUUUCAGAGCUUGUGUUGACAGAAGGUCGUUUUGGAAAGUUAAACCCGGCGCAGACAGUCUUACAUCUGAGAUGCCUUUUUUUCCCAUAAAACUGAAUUUUCCAGGUACAAGCCGAAUCUAUCCAGUGUCCUAACAUCAGACCAAUACAUGUAGAAACCAGUUUUAGAUUUAAAGAGUAUCUGUGAGAACCUUCAACUUCUACAACUCCUCCUCAGUGUUGUCAGUGUAUAAAGUCAUGUAAUAUCUAUGGGAGUGGAGGGAAACUAAAUUUUCUGUCAUUGUUCUGUUUUUCCUUUGGGGUCAAAGGUCAUAUUUAUGACCGUAUACAUCCAUUUUGUGUCUUAGGAUUGUUUUGUGUUGGACAGUUUUCUGUUGCUUGGUACACUAGCAAUUACCUCAGUCCCACUAUUUAUGUCUUUGCAGAAAAUGGUGCAACCAGUAUGAUUAGUGCUUAUCAAUUCAUUUUGCUAAUGUUUUUCAUGCAAGUUGUUGGGUUGUUUGAACAUUUUGUUUUUCCUUUUAAACUCUAUGAAACUAUCAUUAAAAUGGUGUCAUAGUAGUUUCAUCUUGUAUUAUAUCUGUAACCAAAAUCAUUUGAAGGCUUGUUAUGAUGAUGAAAUUUUUAACAAACAUUUGUACAUUUUGUAUGAGAGUUAUUACUAGUAAUACUUUAUUAAGUAGUGCAAUGAU